AUGCUCGCUUCUCUGAUGCUCGUCGUCCUUCCCUUCCUUGCUGUUGUUUCAGCCUCACCCGUCAGACGAUUCACCAGCGCCCAGAUCGUUGCUGGUCGAGAUGGAAGAUGUCUAGGUGUCCAAUCUCCCGCUGGGGUCGGCUCCGCCGUCUCCUCAGUCGCAUGUACCGCCAGUGGAUACCUGACCAGAUGGGAUAUCAACCCUGGAUCAGGUAGUGUUAUCCUUUCUGGAACUGGUUUAGCUUUGGAUGCUGGUUCCACUCCUGGUAAUAAUGGUGCUUUGAAGGUCUGGACGUCUUACCCUACUUUGUACCAACAAACCUGGUAUCUCACAGGCGACAACCGGAUUGCCAUCACAGGCGGAAACCAAUGCCUCGAUGAGGGUGUGAAUGGUAUCCAAACUUAUCAAUGUACCACCGGAAACACCAACCAAAUCUUCAACGUCGGAGGCGGAUCUAGCCCAUCUUCGUCCUCUUCCUCCGCUGCUCCAUCUUGCACUUGUCCUACUUAG